AUGCUUUUCAAUUUAUAAAUAUUUUUAAGUUACUAAUAUACAGGAGGUUGGAUAAAAUAUCCCUAUGGUUUUGGAUAUAGAUCCAUAAAAUUAAUUAGCAUACAUUAAUAUCCUUGCAUUAAUAGUUAAGCUAAAAUAACUAUUUAAAUAGAAUGGACAUAAAAGGAACCCACUUGGUAAAUAUUUUUUGGAAUCAGAGAUUUUCAGCUAUUUUUAAAAUCUUCACUUUUUGAGUUUACUUGCAAAGAUGAUAAUUUGAUUCCAUUUGAUGGAUGCUUUUAAUAAUAUUAUGAUUGUGUAGAUGGUUGUAGUAGUUGUAUUAGAGGAUUAGGCUUAGAUUGUAAAUAAGGUUGGGAUUUUGUUGAAAAUGAUUAAAAUUGUGUACCAAUUUGCGGAGAUUUAUAAAUUACUUAAUUUGAAGAAUGUGAUGAUGGGAAUAACAUUCCGUAUGAUGGUGUCAUUUAUGUAAAUAUUCUUGUCCUUUGA